UGCGGUAGCAGCGGUCGUGGCUGAACACACAGUCCAGCAACAAACACGGUUCAGUGAAGGCAAAAAGCGGUACGGAAAUUGAGUUCACCCGUGUGCCACGCAGUGUAAUAAGCAACAAUUAGCUUAACAGUUAAUAUUCAACAAUUAGUGGAUUUAUAUCGAUUUUUGGGUGCAAUUUCUUCUCCUAUCAAACGAAGUCCGUUUCACAUCAAUCAAUUCAUUAGCGUGAAAAGUGUUCGUUAUAAGUGAUAUUAUGCGUUAAAGCUGGUCAGUGCCUACUAUCUCUACAACACACUAUCUCUCUGUUGUACAGUACACACAGCAAGCCGUUUCCUUCAAUCAAAUAUGGCGGAUCACGAUCAAACUGUGCUAGAUGAAGAGUUGGCAACGACCAAUUCGACGAGAAUGCAGCAAUUGGUGGGUGCUGGCAGGACGAACUGGCUCUGCCUGAUGAUGACGGCGAUCGGUGGAGUGAUCGUGAUGGCUGCGAUCGCGUUCGGUUUCUACCUAACCAUACCCGCUUCAGCUCUCUUCCAACAACCAUCUAACCUGAUUGAGCUAGAACCUAUCGAAGUACAAAGCCCCGAAGAGCUGGAAACCAUCCGCGAAACGUACUUCAAAGCGGAAGCACAUGACAUCCUGAUGGGAUCACUGGAAUUGCUCGAACUGUUAAACGAUCUCGAUCCACUGCUCCAACGUCACCGCUCGCGCCGAGAAGCCUUUGGAGCAGAACCCGUCCCGAACCGUAUCUCCCGCGGAGACGAUCGUUCCGGUGAGAUUACGUACGGUGUGCGAAAGCGCGUACAGCGUGAGUUCGAUCUCGGCACAGUGCCGAUCGAUUAUCGUGGCAUACUGGUCGGUUCUGAGUCCCCCCGAGCGCCACGCAAGCGACGCCACGCCGACAUCUCGCUCGACGACCUGGAGCGUGCAAAGCGCAGUGCACAGAAAGACUACCAGCGGCUGGAGAAGGAGUACAACCGGUGUCGCAAGGAAGCACCGAACGGGAAGCUGUGCGAUCAGAUCUACGAAAAGCUGCAACGUCUGUCGGAGGAGGUGAAUGCACGCUUUCUCGAGAUGGCGAACCUGCUGCAGGGGUUUAGUGAGAUGGGCCCAGCCAAAGAGAAGACGACGCCACAGUAUGAGGAGAUGUACUACAGUAGUACGGAGCGAAGUACAAGCUACCGGCCGGAGAUGCACGCUCCGAAAAACGAUCCCAAGAUAACGACUGUUGAGCAGCUUGUGAAUAAGAUGAACAUUACACAGGCCAUCCCCAAGGAGAAGCUAAGGACGAGUGCGGAGGAUGAGAUGAUCACCACCACUCCCAUGUUACCGGUGUUUGAUCCGAGCCUGCAUAAACCGAUCGAGAACAGCUCCAUACGGAGUUUGGAUGAUCUGUUCGAUCAUAUGAGACUGAGCGGAGAGGACGCGUCCACCACCGAGUGGACUACAGAGCGUCGUGAGCUGUUUGAGUUCGAAAUCGACUCCACUUCCACGUCUCCUGCCACCGUGAAGCCAUCCACCCAGCCAACGAGUAAGCGACGAACAACAACCAAAAGCCCACUGCAAGCGGCUCGCAAUCUCCACGAUGUUGUACAUCAACUGCAACUAGCACAGAUGCUUCAGCCACACCCAUUCCACGAGGAUCUUGUGAUGAGUCCACCGGAAAACAUCAACGAGUUUGUCAUGUCACGAUCGCGCAAUCGGGAGGAAAUGCAUCACGACACGACCCCCAGUCCGAUGCGUGCCGUCGUCCAUCAACAACAUCAACAUCUGCAGCAUCAGGCUCAACCUCAAUCACCUCACCAACCGUUGGUCGUUGGUCCAAGUGCUCCCUUUCUGAAUCUGUGCGAUCAACUUCGAUCGGCAGCAGGAAAUGGGCACCUGAAGCCAACACACCCUGGGGCAACAUUCCAACACUCACCAGGCAUUCCGAUCACGGGUGAAGCAACGAAAGCCUCCUCCCAGAUCAUUGUCAACUCGGCGUUUGGGGCUGGGUAUGUGCCGAAUACGGUUUGCUUCUACCAGAACGCACCACCGGUCGGGGCACAACCGACGGCGUACGGCUUUCGUCCGGCCGGUGCCGGUGCUCCUUACGUGUAUCCGAACGCGCCGGGGUAUCCACCGUACCAGCAACAGCCUUAUCAUCAACAACACCACCAUCAUCAUCCGGGUGCCGGAGGUAAGCUUCCGUUGAAUGAUCCCGCGAUCGAUGCACUCAUUCAACCGCGCAUUCCCGAAGCUAUGAUUAACAUGCCCGUUAGCAUACAGAACCUUCAUCAUGCUGGUGCUCGUACCUCGGAGCUGCCGGCCGAUCAGUCCGGCCCCAUCCUCCUCUGCUCCAUGAUGCAGAACGUGGAGCAGCCGACGCGACAUCACGCCGGGAAUGAAACGCACCCAGAGGACGCCGAAGAAGAGCUGGACGAAAAUCUAGACACGAUGUUUGCGGCGGGACGCUCACUGGCAGCACGGGCCAAGGGACGCCACCACUGCCGACGGGGCUCGGUACCGUGCUUCAGCUCGCAUCAGUGCGUCAAACGCAGCAGCUGGUGUGACUCCAAGACGGACUGUAUGGAUGGUAGUGACGAGAGUGCGUGCUCCUGCGUUUCGCGCCUCCCCAAGCGCAAGCUCUGCGAUGGUUAUGCCGACUGUCCGCUCGGUAUGGACGAGAUGGGAUGCUUUGGGUGUGAAAAGUUCUCCUUCUCCUGCUUCCACACGGAGGCGGAGUACCGUUCGGCUCACCGAUCUGGGUCGAUGUGCUACAGUCUGCUCGAAAAGUGCGAUGGUUUCGAUAACUGUCUGAACAGGAAGGAUGAACAGGACUGUACGAUGUUGGUGCGUGAUCUGGGACACUAUUUGGCGUACUCGGUCCCGCACUCUACGGGGGUGCUGCAUCGGAACUAUCGCGGGAAGUGGUACCCGGUGUGUCAUAACCCUACGCAGUGGGCAAGGGAAGCUUGCGAGACGGAGCUCGGGCCACUCGAUCGUGAGCCACUGUUGAGCCACGGGCAUGGCAGUCUUCCCGGACCGUACAUUAGCCAGCGAGCGAACAGUGCCGUAUCGCAGCCCGAGUUUAGUGAAGCUUGUAAUGGGGUUUACGUACACGUCAAGUGUCCGGCGGUGCGAUGUGGUACGAGUCGGAUGCACGAACAGCACGCCGCCCGAAUCAAUGUGCGGACAAGGCGUGAGGCGAACGAGAGUGAAAUUGUGGAGAGUGUUCGCAUCGUUGGAGGAUCACAUGCCGAUCCGGAAGCGUACCCUUUCAUCGUCGGUAUCUUCCGGGAUGGGAAGUAUCACUGUGGUGGCAGCAUUUACAAUGAACAUUGGAUCAUUUCCGCCGCUCACUGCUGUGACAACUUCGACCAGCACUACUUCGAGGUACGGUCGGGCAUGCUGCGCAAGCGGAGCUUUGCGCCGCAGGUUCAAAUUACACGCGUCACGCACAUGAUCGUUCAUCACGCGUACAGCUCGUCGUUGAUGGCGAACGAUAUUGCGCUGAUGCGGGUAGAGCAUCCGUUCCACUACAAUCGAUGGGUGCGUCCGAUCUGUAUGCCGGAGCGCCAUCGUACGACGGACGAUCGGGAUUGGAUCUGGGGACCGAAGGCCGGCACUGUCUGCACCGCCAUUGGAUGGGGUGCACUGCGGGAGCGUGGUGGAGCACCCGAUCAUCUGAUGCAGGUUUCGGUGCCGAUCUUAGGCUACUGCAAGCACAAAUCCGAUCGUGACAGUCUGCAGAUCUGUGCUGCAGAAGAAGACGGCGGUCAUGAUGCGUGCCAGGGUGAUUCCGGUGGACCGUUUGUGUGUCAGAGCAAGUCGAACCCGUUCGAGUGGUAUCUGGCCGGUGUGGUAAGUCACGGGGAGGGAUGUGCGCGUGCACACGAACCCGGUGUCUACACGCGAGUGGCACUGUUUAUCGAUUGGAUUGCGGAGAAGGUAAAUGCGCCACUGCCAGCACGUACUGCGCGGGCUGACUGUCCGGGGAUGCGAUGUAUCUGGGGUGGAGGGAUCUGUCUACCACCGGGCAAGAAGUGUAACGGAUACGUUAACUGUCUUGGUGGUGAGGAUGAGUCGGGCUGUGGGAUGGAUCAGAUGCUACGAUCGAUGUCGCAGCGAGGUGAGGAAGAAAGUGAGGAGGACGGUGGUAGUGCCACACAGAGAGCUUUGGAUGUGGAUACGACGGAAGCUGAGACUACCGUUUUGUUCACAUCGGAAGAAACGACGACGUUAAGCGUGCCGGAAGAAGCGAGUGUAGAAGCGCAGGAGAGUAUGAUCAUGACGAACACAGCACAGACGGAACCGAUCACUACUACAACAAGUACAGCUGCCCCUACCACACCUCAACUUGAGCUAUCUACUGUAGAAGAAAGCACAACGGAGGACAGCUCUACCUCAGCAAGUACUCCAGAAGAUGCACCUACGGAAGCCUCUACCUCGCCGGAGUCAACCACAUUGGAGGUCACAACAGACCUCAGUACAGAGUCAGCUUCCACUGCAAAUGAUCCAACAACAACCUUCACAUCAACAACCGACUCUGCGAUCAUCUUCCCCAUUCACGAUCACGAACAGGAUCGUCCUAAGCAAGGCUUCGAAUUCAUUGCACCGAUCACCUCCUCCACAACGGAAGUCAUCUGGAAGGCGCUGGAAAAGGCAGUCAAAGAGGUACGUGGACAGGUACGCACUGGGAAUGGCACUUCAGUGGUGAAUGCCACAACGGAACCAACGGAAGUGUUCUCUACGGAACUGCCACUGGAAGCCACGUCCGAAGACCCACUGGAAGAUUCAUCCGACCAUCCAUUCUUGGUGGAGUUGGACGUGAUGCAGCAGCAGAAACACAAGCGAGUGGCCCAAUUCCGCAUGACGGUGCACAAUGUGCACACGAACACGAAGGUGCAGACGAUGCUGCCAAAUGAUACGGCACAGUAUAGGCAGUUUUCCUGCAGGAAUAUCACCCAGAGGAUCAAUGUGGCUCACCGGUGCGAUCGGAUCGUAGACUGUGAGGAUGGCAGUGAUGAGCUGAACUGUACCUGUCGCGACUUCCUGAAGGACAAGUUUGAUUUCCUGAUCUGCGACGGCAAGACGGACUGUCUCGAUCAAACGGAUGAGCUGGGUUGUAUGAACUGUCAGGCUGGUCAGUAUGCGUGCCGGAUCAGCCAGGUUUGCAUUCCCGGGGUGCAGGUCUGCAACGGUCAUCCAGACUGUCCGAUGCAUGAAGAUGAGCUGGAUUGCUUGGCUCUAACGGAUGGACAUCGUGUGUACUUCGAUGCAAACAAUCUCACCCUUUUCCACAACACGGGCAUUGUGACGAAAAACACGAACGGAACCUGGGAGAUACUGUGUGGAGCGGUCCUCACGGCAAAGACGGAACAUGCUGUGGAGAAGAUCUGCUCGUUCUUGGGAUUUGCUGGUCAUCGGAACUACUCACUGCUCUCACUCGCACCGACCGAUCUGCCUGUUGGGCUGCUUGCAAAUCCAAACAAUCUACACUACGUCAACCUUACGCUCCAUGCUCCCUGUCAAGCGUUGCGCGUCUCCUGCGUCCAGCACAUCAACGCUACCGAGCACGACAUUGCACACUUUGAGCACAACCACAAGCAAGACCCGGUACAGGUUAAUAUUCGUCCACUGAACCCGAUCAACCGGCCCCAUCACAUGCCCCAGAUCGUGUUCCAGGAGAACGCUCACAUUGAGCUGGUGGAAAACUUUGGUGAUGAUUACGAUUGGCCUUGGAAUACGAACAUCUAUCUCGAUGGGGUAAUGAUCUGCAGUGGGCUGAUCAUCGAUGCGAGCUGGAUCAUUGUGUCGGGGAGCUGUACACGGUUGGUGAACCUGCGGCAUCAGUAUCUGGCGGUGGUGGCGGGCGGUGCCAAGUCGUACCUACACAUUGAAGGGCCGUACGAGCAGGUGGUGCGGGUCGAUUGCUACCACUACAUACCGGAGGCGGAAACGGUGAUGCUGCAUCUGGCGACGAAGCUAAGCUUUAGCCGGCACGUGCUGCCGACGUUUGUGCCGGAGAAUGAAAACCUAACGGACAGUGAGUGUCUUGCGGUGGGACAGGAUAAGUACGGAAGAACGAAAACGCUGCGGGUGCAUCUCAACACCACCAACUGUCCAGGGGAACGGGUGCGAUGCUACCAUAAGGAUCUGAAGCAGCCCUACUAUCAUCAUGAAUCUUGUUACACACCAGAAGCGACACGAUCAGGUGUGAUCGUGUGCAAAACAAACCGCUCCGGCUGGUAUCCCGUCGGGUUCUACCAGCACAAGCGUGGUCUGUGCGGAUUCAACGAAGUGGUGCGUGUUACGAGCCUGGUAGAAUCGUACCAUAGGAUCCAGAACGUGCUACACAAGGAACAGUGUGGUGAUCAGCUGUACGAGGAACCUCAUUGCGGAGGAAAGCGUUGUCGCUAUGGAAAGUGUGUCGGUGAGAAGUUGCUGUGCGAUCGCAAGCCAGACUGUUCCGAUGGAUCGGAUGAGGAACCGGCAAUGUGUGCCGCACGCAAUCAAACUGGAAAUUGUCUGCCACAUCAACUACGUUGCGCGAAUGAACGGUGUAUUGACAAGUCUAGCUUCUGCGAUCGCAAGAACGAUUGUGGAGACUCGACCGAUGAACCGCACGAUUGCUCCUGCUACACCUAUCUGAAAAUUACGGACCCGGGUAAGAUCUGCGACGGAGUGCGCAACUGUUGGGACAAAUCGGACGAAAAUCCACGCGUCUGUCGGUGCCACUCCACGAGCUUCCGGUGUGGCGAGUCCGACAUCUGCGUGCCGUAUGAUUUUGUGUGCGACAAGGAACGGGACUGUCCAAAUGGAGAGGAUGAGCUGUACUGUUACGCACUGCAGCAGAACUCUUAUGAAGCUGGGUACGGUGAGCUGAUGGAGCAAAGCUACGGCAUCUGGCACUCAAAAUGCUUCCCCACGACGACCCAGUUCGACGACGAGUACAUGAAGCGCAUCUGCGAGCAGUUGGGCUACAGUCAGGUGCGCAAAAUCUUUGGCCGAGCGAUCGUGCAAGGUGCUCGGUUGCGUACGGCCAACCAGACGGAAACGCCCGUUGAUAAGCUGCGUCGUUCGGCGACCAAAGCGAUCGUGCAGAACAAGUUCUCGAAGGUCGUUAUUAAUCAGAACCAUACGUUUUACAUGAAACCGAGCCGGCCCAUGUUUAAGGUGAUCAACUGGAACUAUGAGGACGAGCAGAACUGCCAUCGGUUGGAGUUGCUGUGUGCCCCGUGAGGGGUGGUGUCGGAAGGCGUGAUGAGAUCUUACGAGUACGUUUUUUAGGUAAU